AUACUAUCCGCAGCAGUCAGGCAUUAGUUACCCCACAACCAGACAAACCAAACCAAAUACCAAAAUGAUGAAGUUCAUGUGCAUUUUCAUCUGCGCCGUGGCUGCAGUUUCGGCCAGCGGAUAUGGAGGUCGCCGUCCCAGCUAUGGCAGCGCACCAAUUGGCGCCUACGCCUACCAGGUGCAGCCUGCCCUGACCGUCAAGGCAAUCAUUCCCUCGUAUGGCGGACAGCGAGGCUAUGGCCACAACCAGGGAGGAUAUGAGGCGGCACCCAUUGCCUCGGCCUACGGCAAUGCUGACAUUGGCAACCAGUACGGACCUGUCUCUGGCUCCCGCUAUGGUGGUGCACCGCCCGUAGAUCGUGAGGCCAUUGCUCUGGCCAAGCUUGCCCUGGCCGCACCCAGUGCCGGCGGUCCCCUUGUCUGGCGUGAGGCCCCACGUCGUGUGCAGCAUGCCUAUGGCCCCAGCAACUAUGGUGCACCCCAGCAGAGGUACGCACGCGCUGAGGAGGCCCAGGGCGCUUCGGCGGCAGCUGCAUCCAGCUCAGUGGCUGGUGUUGCCAAGAAGGGAUACAGGAAGUCAUCCUAUUAAAUUGGAGUCCUAUUAAGGCGGAACAAGCACAGUGAAUCUAAAGAAUAAAUGCAACGAAACAUCAAGACUUAAAA